AUGGCACUAGGUGCAAUUGAACCCCAAAUCGCUGCUUCUGCUUCAGCCUCAUUUUCUACACAGAUCCCUGCCCUGUUCUCUCUUAAAAACAGGACGAUAGCAAUAACAGGUGGCGGCCGAGGACUCGGUCUCACGCUUGCUUUCGCAGUCGUCGAAGCCGGCGGCCACGCUGCGCUCAUCGACCUUCUUCCUGAGCCUAGCGAACCGGAGUAUUCUGUCCUUACUAAACUCGCCAAAGAUUCAUCUCUCACAGUGUCAUACCGCAAAUGCGAUGUCACCAGUGAAGCCGACGUCGCCAGCAUUCUCGAGUCGAUCGAAGAGCAAGGAGAAAAGUGUGGUGCGCCGCUGGGCGGUAUGAUAGCGUGUGCUGGCAUCCAGCAGCGUGUACCAGCCCUCGACUAUGAAUCAUCGGACUUCGAGCGCAUCUUACGUGUCAAUGUCGUAGGCGCGUUUAUCUCUGUGAAGAGGACGGCAAUGAUUCUCAGGGAGAAGGGCAGGAAUGGAAGUAUCGUGUUAAUCGCGAGUAUGUCGGGCAGCAUUGCAAAUAGAGGUCUGACCUGUACGGCAUACAAUACAAGCAAGAGUGCUGUGCAUCAGAUGUGCAGGAGUUUGGCACAGGAGUGGGGACAGUAUGGCAUCCGUAUCAACACAUUGUCGCCAGGUUACAUCAGAACCGCGAUGACAGAUGAACUUCUGGCCGCAGAUCCAGGCUUGGAGCAGAUAUGGAUGCAGGGCGCACUCUUGGGCAAGCUGGGUGUGCCAGAUGACUUCAAGGCGCCUGCGGUGUUUCUGCUAGCGCAGGGGAGCGGUUUCAUGACUGGCGCAGACUUGAGGGUUGACGGUGGACACUGCGCCUCUGCUUAA